CACUGCUAAGUGCUAAUUACAUUCCGAAAAAGAAAAAUGGAGAGCAUUGCAACCAUUGCUAAGAGAUGGAGAGUUUUGAGUGGCGAUGAGAACUGGAAAGAGUUACUGGACCCUUUGGAUUCUGAUCUUCGCUGCUACCUCAUUCACUAUGGUUCAAUGAUUGGAGCAGUCUACGACUCCUUCAUCAAUGAACCAACUUCUAAGUAUGCCGGGCUAAGCCGCUACUCCAGGAAAAACCUCCUUGAAGAGACUGGGCUUGAGAAGGAAUAUCCUUUCAAGUACACUAUCACCAAGUACUUUUAUACUCCUUCAAGUAUGAUCGGUGGAGCACAAGAAGGAUAUGUUGUCCAAUCAGUACGAGCAGACGCAGUGAUGAAAGAGUCAAACUGGGGUGGAUAUGUUGCUGUUGCCACUGACGAGGGGAAGGAGGUUUUGGGACGGAGAGACAUUCUGGUCGUUUGGAGGGGAACGGAAACAAAGUCGGAGUGGAUUGAGGAUUUCAGAAUCCAAAUGGUCAAACCUCAGAUCAUCUUUGCCAAGGAUAAUGGUUCCCUCGUGCAUAGAGGUUGGUACAAAAUGUAUACCUCUACCAACAAAGAUUCACAGCUCAACCGUAAGAGUGCCAGGGAGCAGGUCCGAGAAGAAAUUUGCAGGCUACUUGACAAGUACAAGAACGAGGAAGUGAGCAUAACUGUGACAGGACACAGCCUGGGUUCAUCACUGGCAACCCUAAAUGCAGUUGACCUAGCUGCCAAUCCAUUCAGUAACUCCACCAAUGUUCUCGUCACAGCAUUCUUGUUCGCAAGCCCAAAAGUGGGAAACGACGGUUUCAAGAAGGCUUUUUCCCAGCAGAAAAACCUCCGAGCUCUGCGUGUCGUCAACCAUGGGGAUCUUGUGCCAAUGGUGCCAAUCUUCGCUCGUGAAGCCGGCACUAUUAUUUCAUUGCACUUCUACACAGACGUGGGAGUCCAAUUUGAUAUAAACGCUUCAAAAUCAGACUAUUUAAAGACUGAUGGCUCCAGCGCCUUAACGUGGCAUGGUCUGAUGAUUUACCUGCAUGGAAUCGAUGGGUUCCAAGGAUCAAAGGAAGAGUUUAAACCACAAGGGUGUUUUGAUAUCCCUCUUGUCAACAAGUAUGGAGACAUGCUGAAUGUUGAGAAAUGCCCGGUUCCAAGCAACUGGUGGGCUGAGAAGAACAAAGGAAUGGUUCAGAAAAAGGAUGGUACCUGGAUUCUUGAUGAUCACGAGCCAGACGAUGUUGUGCCUGCAUAAAGCUAGUAAACCCUUUCAUGGUGGGAUGGUAUUGCUUUUAAUAAAGUUUGUUUGUGUGUUGUUUAAGCAAGCUAGGGGACUAUAAUGUCACCUAUAUGUUCAUCUACGUUGUAAGUGUAGUGUUGCCUUUCCUGUUUUCCAAUGCCAUUAUUGGCGAACUUGCAUUGUACUGUUUUGUGUGAAUGAAUAAAGUAUUUUCUCGUGUGUUAUUAAAA